CACCCGACCCACCAUCAUGAACAGCAAACGUGGGAGAUCCUCCGAUUGGGUUGCCGUCUUGUCCUUGAUCCUGGCAGUGUUGUUGCUGUCAAGUGGCCCUCCCUACCCACGCUUCGAUCUUCCACCGUCCCUAUCCGUGCGGGGAGACGAGAUGGUUGUUUGUCCUACCAGGGAGGAUAGAUGGGUAUAGAUACCAAGUCCUCCCCAAGGAAAGAGGAUGAACGGUGUUCUUGAUCGACGUUGUCCCAAGUCGUCUUCUUCAAGGGCACAGGUAGACAGCAUCGCAAGAUGCCUUGCUACCAACAACACCGCCGCGGCGGCAUGGCGCCUCCCAGACGCCUCAUAACCAUCGCCGUCUCCGUUAUCUCCUUCUUCAUCCUCGCCGCUCUCGCCAUCGCCCAGUUCGGCCCCUCCUCCGAGUUACACGCUCGGAAGCUAGCCCAGCGCAUCGAGCAUGCCCAACGCGCAAACCCCCAAUCCGAACCGCGGGACACUCCACUCGGCGACAAGUAUCUGAUCGGUGUCGGAAAGGCCGAUGUAACCGGCCCGGUUGUCGAGAUCGGCUUUGGCGGGUAUGCGGACACCAGCCAGAUCGGAAGCGGUUUGCGCCAGCGGUUGUACUCGCGCGCUUUCAUCAUUGGCGAGACCAAGAACCCCAAGAACCGCCUUGUUUAUAUCGUGCUUGAUACGCAGAGCGGAGACACGGCUGUUCGCAAUGGUGUUCUUGAUGCGCUGAAGGGGAUGGGAGAUGAGUACUCGGUCUAUGGACAGUCCAAUAUUGCGCUUACCGGGACACACUCUCAUUCUGGCCCGGGCGCUUGGUUCAACUACCUGCUUCCGCAGAUCACGACGUUUGGGUUUAGCAAGCAGAGUUACCAGGCGAUUGUGGAUGGUGCUGUGUUGUCGAUUAAGAGGGCGCAUGAGUCUCUUCAGGAGGGCUACCUCGACAUCGGUACAACCGACAUCAACGACGGUAACAAUAACCGCAGUCCCUCCGCCUACCUCGCCAACCCCGAGUCCGAGCGAGCCAAAUACCCCUUCAACACCGACAAGACCUUGACCCUACUCCGGUUCCGGAGAGCUUCUGACCUGAAGAGUGUCGGUGUCCUUACCUGGUACCCCGUCCACGGCACGUCCGUCUACCAGAACAACACGCUUGUGAACGCCGACAACAAGGGAGUUGCUGCCUACCUGUUCGAACAGUCCGUAAAGGGCGACAGCCGUGCUGCUGAUGGUUUCGUUGCUGGCUUUUCCCAAGCGAACGUGGGUGAUACCACGCCGAAUACGCUGGGUGCCUUUUGCGAUGACGGUUCUGGUGCUACCUGUGAUUUUGAAAGCAGCACUUGUGCCGAUGGCAAGGUGCAGGCUUGUCGUGGAAGGGGACCGCUUUUCCAGAAGUUGGAUAAGGGUGUGAGCAGUUGUUAUGAGAUUGGGAGGAAGCAGUAUGCUGGUGCUAAGAAUGUUUGGACUUCCCUCGAUUCAAGCUCGACCCCAGUUGUUGGCUCUACCGUGAGGUCAUUCCACUACUUCCACGAUAUGCGCUACUACAAGUUCAACCUCGACAAUGGCACCGAGGUCCAGACCUGCCCUGCUGCGCUGGGUCACUCGUUCGCUGCGGGAACCACAGACGGCCCCGGUGCCUUUGACUUCACCCAGGGUGACUCUGGCGCUCCCAACAACCCUUUCUGGUCCGUCGUGGGCGGUGUACUACGAGUUCCAUCUGCCUCGCAAACGGCCUGCCAAAAGCCCAAGCCCGUCCUGCUUGAUGUCGGCGAGAUGGACCUCCCCUACCCUUGGACGCCCAACAUCGUUGACGUCCAAUCCCUCCGCGUCGGCCAACUCUUCAUGAUUAUCUCCCCCUCCGAAGCCACCACCAUGUCCGGCCGCCGCUGGCGCGACGCCGUCAAAGCCGCCGCCAAGUCCCAAAAGCUAACCGGCAACACCGAACCCGUCGUCGUGCUCGGCGGUCCCGCCAACACCUAUUCCCACUACGUCACCACCCCCGAGGAGUACGCCAUCCAGCGCUACGAAGGCGCUAGCACGCUGUUCGGGCAAUACGAACUGCCCGCAUAUAUCAACCUUACCCUCUCCGCGCUCCCUUACCUCUCCCCAUCUUCCACCAGCUCCCCUCCUCCUGGCCCAAGCCCGCCCGACAACAGGGAUGACUCCCUCUCCUUCAUCACGGGCGUAGUCUACGACGGCGCUCCCCCCUCCAAGCCAUUUGGUACAUGCAUCACGCAACCCUCCUCUUCGUACACGCGCGGCAGCGUAAUCACCGCCGUCUUCCAGGGCGCUAACCCGCGCAACAAUCUGCGGCUGGAAGGCACGUAUGCAGCGGUGGAGAAGCUGGGAGCAGAUGGAAAGACGUGGACACAAGUGCGGAGUGAUGAGGAUUGGAACUUGACGUACGAGUGGAAGAGGACGAAUGGGAUUUUGGGGUAUAGUGAAGUGACGAUUAGAUGGGAGACGAGAACGGAGAGUAAUGGAGAGGGAGACGAUGGGACGGGGACGUAUAGGAUUAGGUAUUUUGGGGAUGCGAAGGCUGCGGUGACGGGGAAGAUUACGGAGUUUCAGGGGGUUAGUAGGGAGUUCAAGUUGACUUAGAACAGGGAAGGGAUGAAGGCGGUGGCUUGGGGGCAAGAUAGGAGGUGAUGGGAUGAACAUCACGACUUGGCUUGGGAUCAAAUCAUUCAACAUUCUAGUUUACGACAAUGGAAAACAUUCGGAAAGUCCAGACCGA